AUGUCAAAGUUGUUAUCAAUGCUUAAGGUCGUCGACAACAGAUGUCACUUAUCCACCGAAUUCUAUUUUCGAGAUAACCUUCAAGUGUUUUAGUCAGAUGAAUUGAUAACAGCAAGUACUAGCUGCAGCAGCCUGAAACUUGGUGUAAAACAAACAGUUGCCUUAUUCAAGUGUUGUUACUUAUAAGGCCAAAAUGAACUCGCUGAAUAGGAUUCUAGUUUUAAGUUCAGCAAUACCUAAAAGUUCAAGAUUGAUAUCCACAACGAGUUCACGACUAAAUGCUGACGAUGGAUGGCUUUCGAAGUUAUUGGUACGAAAAAUAGAACCGACGAAGGAAUCUCACAGCCGUAUGCUUAGCGACAAGGAGAUUGUAUAUGCGUUGCACACUCAUAACAUUCGGCCCGAUUCCGUGGACAAAUACUUACAAAACUACAAAACCUCAGUGGCUUUUGUGGAAUCUCACAAGUCUGAUUUGGGCUGUGAGCUAGUGGGAUCAUGGACAGUAUCGGUUGGUGAUAUGGACCAGGCUUUGCAUCUGUGGCGCUAUGUUGGUGGUUUCGAAAAGAUUGACAAGGCAAAGAUAUUAUUCAGAGAAAACGCUGACUACCGAGCGCUGGAGAAAGAACGAGGUAACUUUGUACGAUCACGCCACUUGCAAUAUCUGCUCGCUUUCAGCUUCUGGCCUUCGGGUGAUCCUCGUCCUGCGAAAAAUAUUUACGAAAUCAGAUCUUACAGUCUAAAGCCUGGUACGAUGAUCGAGUGGGGCAACAACUGGGCGCGCGGGCUGACGUACCGGCGUUCACAAAACGAAGCAUUCGCGGGAUACUUCUCCCAAAUAGGAAGGCUCUACAACGUUCAUCAUAUUUGGUGCUACAAGGACCUGCAAGCGCGGCGCGAGACCCGCGAGAGCACGUGGCGCAACCCGGGCUGGGACGAGUGCGUGGCCUACACCGUGCCGCUCAUCCGGGAGAUGCACUGCCGCAUCCUCGAGCCCACCGACUUCUCGCCCACUCAGUAGACGCGCCUAGGACUAAUGAGUAAACCUCACUAGCGUUUUCAAUUUUCGAUUACAUACUUUCAUCUUGUAUUUUAUCAAGUUUAUACAUAUAUUUUUUUAUAAUAAUCUCGAGGAACGAGUUUCGGGACUCACGGUUCUCGUUUGAUCGAUUUUUUUUACGAAAUGUUAAUUAACAACAGCAAUUCAAUUAAAUCAAUAUUUUGCUUGUUAUAUAUAUCUGUAAGUAAAAAUGUAAUGUAGUAUGCAUUUAUAGAAUUAAGUUAAACAUUAUUACAAACGCUAGUGCGGUUCCGUGAUGUAAACAAUUAAGCAUGUAACCCCCAGGGAACUCUCGAUGUAAAUAAAAUUGUACAAUUUUAAUGUACAAAAAUGUUAAACGCUAUCUGAGACAUAUUGGUAGUUCAGCAUUUUUUUCUUUUUUUAGCUGAAUAUGAAAUCGUGUAUUUAAAAUAUAUUAUUAUAUAAAAGUAA